GCCUCGCGGCCGCCGCGCGCACACGCGCGCCCCGCGUCUCGCGUGCCCGGCUCCCCCACGCGCGCGCGUCGCGCACGGACGCACGCUCGUUUCCCCUCGCGCGCCCGGGUCUCGGCGGCGGCGGCGGCGGCGGCGGCGGCGGCCGGAUCGCGCGGGGCAGCACCGUAGCGGCCGCCGUGGGCUGCCCGGCCGGCCAUGGAGGCGGAUGGGGCCGGCGAGCAGAUGAGACCGCUACUCACCCGGGUAACGAGCAGGGGUCACGAUGAAGAAGCUGUUGUGGAUCUUGGCAAAACCAGCUCAACUGUGAAUACCAAGUUUGAAAAAGAAGAACUAGAAAGUCAUCGAGCUGUAUAUAUUGGUGUUCAUGUCCCGUUUAGUAAAGAGAGUCGUCGGCGUCAUAGGCAUCGUGGACACAAACAUCACCACCGGAGAAGAAAAGAUAAAGAAUCAGAUAAAGAAGAUGGACGGGAAUCUCCUUCUUAUGACACACCAUCCCAGAGAGUUCAGUUCAUCCUUGGUACCGAAGAUGAUGAUGAAGAGCACAUUCCCCAUGAUCUCUUCACGGAAAUGGAUGAAUUGUGUUAUAGAGAUGGAGAAGAGUAUGAAUGGAAAGAAACUGCCAGAUGGCUGAAAUUUGAAGAGGAUGUUGAAGAUGGCGGUGACCGAUGGAGUAAACCUUAUGUGGCAACUCUCUCUUUGCACAGUCUUUUUGAACUAAGAAGUUGCAUCCUAAAUGGAACAGUCAUGCUGGAUAUGAGAGCAAGCACUCUAGAUGAAAUAGCAGAUAUGGUAUUGGACAACAUGAUAGCCUCUGGCCAGUUGGAUGAGUCCAUAAGAGAGAAUGUCAGAGAAGCUCUUCUGAAGAGACAUCAUCAUCAGAAUGAGAAAAGAUUCACCAGUCGGAUUCCCCUUGUUCGAUCUUUUGCAGAUAUAGGCAAGAAACAUUCUGACCCUCACUUGCUUGAAAGGAAUGGGGAAGGCCUUUCAGCCUCCCGCCACUCUUUGCGAACAGGUCUCUCUGCCUCAAACCUUUCAUUGAGAGGAGAAUCGCCUUUAUCUCUUCUUCUCAGUCAUCUUCUUCCUUCUUCAAGAGCUGGAACCCCUGCAGGCUCGAGGUGUACAACCCCAGUACCCACCCCUCAAAACAGUCCUCCUUCCAGCCCUAGCAUCAGUCGCCUGACCUCCAGAAGUUCCCAACAGAGUCAGCUUCAGGCCCCAGAACUACUGGUUUCACCUGCCAGUGAUGAUAUUCCCACAGUAGUAAUUCAUCCGCCUGAGGAAGACUUAGAAGCACUGAAAGGCCAGGAGCAGAAGAAUGAGGAAAAUGUUGACAUAACUCCAGGUAUUUUAGCUUCUCCACAGUCUGCACCUGGAAACUUGGACAAUAGUAAAAGUGCAGAAAUUAAAGGUAAUGGAAGUGGAGGAAGCAGAGAAAAUAGUACUGUUGACUUCAGCAAGGUUGAUAUGAAUUUCAUGAGGAAAAUUCCUUCGGGAGCCGAGGCAUCCAAUGUUCUGGUGGGAGAAGUAGACUUUUUAGAAAGACCUAUUAUUGCAUUUGUGAGACUGGCUCCUGCUGUUCUCCUCUCCGGGUUGACUGAGGUCCCUGUUCCUACGAGGUUUUUGUUUCUGUUAUUGGGUCCAGCAGGCAAGGCACCACAGUACCAUGAAAUUGGAAGAUCAAUAGCCACUCUCAUGACUGAUGAGAUUUUUCAUGAUGUGGCUUAUAAAGCAAAAGACAGAAAUGACCUCCUGUCUGGAAUUGAUGAAUUUUUAGAUCAAGUAACUGUCCUGCCUCCAGGAGAGUGGGAUCCUUCUAUACGCAUAGAGCCACCAAAAAGUGUUCCUUCUCAGGAAAAGAGAAAGAUUCCUGUAUUUCCCAAUGGAUCUGCCCCCAGCUCUAGUGAGACUCCUAAAGAGGCUGCUCAUCAUGCUGGGCCUGAGCUACAGAGGACUGGACGGCUUUUUGGUGGUUUGAUACUUGACAUCAAAAGGAAAGCACCUUUUUUCUUGAGUGACUUCAAGGAUGCAUUAAGUCUGCAGUGCCUGGCCUCGAUUCUUUUCCUAUACUGUGCCUGUAUGUCUCCUGUAAUCACUUUUGGAGGGCUGCUUGGAGAAGCUACAGAAGGCAGAAUAAGUGCAAUAGAGUCUCUUUUUGGAGCAUCAUUAACUGGGAUUGCCUAUUCAUUGUUUGCUGGGCAACCUCUAACAAUAUUGGGGAGCACAGGUCCAGUUUUAGUGUUUGAAAAAAUUUUAUUUAAAUUCUGCAGAGAUUAUCACCUUUCCUAUCUGUCUCUAAGAACCAGUAUUGGUCUGUGGACUUCUUUCUUGUGCAUUGUUUUGGUUGCAACAGAUGCAAGCAGCCUUGUGUGUUAUAUUACUCGAUUUACAGAGGAGGCUUUUGCAGCACUCAUUUGCAUCAUAUUCAUCUACGAGGCUUUGGAGAAGCUCUUUCAUUUAGGAGAAAUAUAUGCAUUUAAUAUGCACAACAAUUUAGAUGAACUGACCAGCUACUCAUGUGUAUGUGAUGAACCUCCUAACCCUAGCAAUGAAACUCUAAAGGUGUGGAAAGAAAAGAAUGUAACAGCACAUGAGAUUUCCUGGGGGAAUCUCACUGUUUCUGAAUGUAAAACCUUUCAUGGUGUAUUUGUAGGAUCAGCUUGUAGUCUUCAUGGACCUUAUAUUCCAGAUGUGCUCUUUUGGUGUGUCAUCUUAUUUUUCACAACAUUUUUUCUGUCUUCAUUCCUCAAGCAAUUUAAGACCAAGCGCUAUUUUCCUACCAAGGUGCGAUCGACAAUCAGUGACUUUGCUGUAUUUCUCACAAUAGUAAUAAUGGUUGCAGUUGACUACCUUGUAGGAGUUCCAUCUCCUAAACUUCAUGUUCCUGAAAAAUUUGAGCCUACUGAUCCAAAUAGGGGCUGGAUCAUAAGCCCAUUGGGAGAAAAUCCUUGGUGGACCUUAUUAAUAGCUGCUAUUCCAGCUCUGCUUUGUACCAUUCUCAUCUUUAUGGAUCAACAAAUUACAGCUGUAAUCAUAAACAGAAAGGAGCACAAAUUGAAGAAAGGAGCUGGCUAUCACCUUGAUUUGCUCAUGGUUGGUGUUAUGUUGGGAGUUUGCUCUGUCAUGGGACUUCCAUGGUUUGUGGCUGCAACAGUGUUGUCAAUAAGUCAUGUCAACAGCUUAAAAGUUGAAUCUGAAUGUUCUGCUCCAGGGGAACAACCUAAGUUUUUGGGAAUUCGUGAACAGCGGGUUACAGGGCUAAUGAUUUUUAUUCUAAUGGGCCUCUCUGUGUUCAUGACUUCAAUACUUAAGUUUAUUCCAAUGCCUGUUCUGUAUGGUGUUUUCCUUUACAUGGGAGUUUCCUCAUUAAAAGGAAUCCAGUUUUUUGACCGUAUAAAGUUGUUUGGAAUGCCUGCUAAGCAUCAGCCCGACCUGAUAUACCUCCGUUAUGUACCUCUCUGGAAGGUGCAUAUCUUCACAGUCAUUCAGCUCACUUGUCUGGUUCUUCUGUGGGUGAUAAAAGCUUCAGCUGCUGCAGUAGUUUUUCCCAUGAUGGUUCUUGCAUUGGUCUUUGUACGCAAACUCAUGGACCUGUGUUUCACAAAGAGAGAACUUAGUUGGCUUGAUGAUCUCAUGCCAGAGAGUAAGAAAAAGAAAGAAGAUGACAAAAAGAAAAAAGAGAAAGAGGAAGCUGAACGAAUGCUACAAGCUGAUGACGAUACUGUGCACCUUCCAUUUGAAGGGGGUAGUCUCUUGCAAAUUCCAGUUAAGGCCCUAAAAUAUAGUGUUGAUCCCUCAGUUGUUAACAUAUCAGAUGAAAUGGCCAAAACUGCACAGUGGAAGGCACUUUCCAUGAAUACUGAGAAUGCCAAAGUAACCAGAUCUAACACGAGCCCUGAAAAACCUGUGAGUGUGAAAAUAAAUUUUGAAGAUGAACCAACAAAGAAAUACAUGGAUGCUGAAACUUCGUUGUAGAAUUGAACCAAGAGGAAUUAUAUAUAUAGAUAUACAGAUAAAUAUAUAAUGUGUGUAUUUCAUGUCACUAUAUAUAACAAUAUUGUAUGUCAUGCUAUUUAUGCAUGACAACUGGGUUUUUUGAAGUAGUGUCUCAAGUUUAUUAAGAGCACCAUGGAGACUGUAUAUAGUGAAAUGGUCUCUUAGAAGUGAGGUACAUGGUUUUUACUAUUCAAAUAUUUAUUCUGUUGGAAGAAUUUUUGCUGUUCUGCAAUAGAAAGUUGUGGGGAAAUGCAUUCAAUCUACUUUUCUUUAAAUCUGUUUGUUCAUCAGCGGCAAUUCAUACCAACCUUAAGUGAUGUGUACUCUGUCCAUAUAUUUAUAAUUUUUACUUGAGUUACUAAAAGUUUUCACAUUAUUUCAUUUGUUAGUGUGUUAUAGGAAGAACAGGGAGUCUUAUGCCAAUGCUGUGGGACAAAUGAUAACAUGUCAUGGCUUUUCUGUGUGUGUGUUUCAUUUAUGUAGAUGUCCAUCAUGUUUCACAUGCGAUGGAAAUUUUUUGGCUAUAGAGGUAGAACUUUCUAGAUAAGAACUAUAGUUUUGAACUUUGUUUUUCAAAUUUAUUUCAUAUCUUAAAACCUCCAAAUCUAGGUUUACAUUCUUAUAGACAAGUAGAAUCGCAGGUGAUUUUAUAAUUUAACCCCCAUAUGAGUCAUAACUUGAUGAAUUUUAGAAGCUGUAAAAUGCCAAUUUAUAGUAGUUAAAUUCUAUUGCCUUUGUAGAAGUUUUUUCUGAAUCCUAAUAAUUUAUUAGAGCCCGGAAUGCCCACUCUGUUCUCUGCCUUAGCUGUCUUUUACUUAAAAUGUGGUUUAGUUUAUAUCAGGUUCAAGUUCUUGAUUAUUUUUCUAUUAUAAGUAGUAUGGUUAAAUAAUCAGGAGUCAAUUCUCUUAAAUGGGUUUAUGAUCAGUAUUACUUUAUUCUAUUAAGAAUUACCUUUCAUUUUCUGUUUAUGUGGUUAUUCUUUCUAUUGUAUAGGUAAUAUUUAAUAGAUUGUUAUCUGUGAUUUCAUUUUUAAAUAUUUUAUUUAUUUUAAUUGAUAUGAUGCUUAAAUAUAUAAACAUUUGAAAAGGUAACAAAUAUAGAGAAAAUUGUUAAUGUAAAUAGUUGGUGCUCACUUGCAUUUAUGGUUUAUCAUCUGAAAGUAGUUGACAUAUUUUACAUCUUUGAUAUAAAGCACUGCCAUAUUUGUAUUUUAAAAGGAAUUUAGACAUUUUAUGUAUAGUUCAGAUGGAUGGCAUUCUUCUUAUUUUCUGUUAGUGUUUGUUAUUUACUUUUUGCUUUUCUGAGCUGUCUUUUUUAACUUCUAGCAAAUCUUUUUCAGUCAUCUUUUAUAUACUCUUAGCUCCACAUGAAAUAAGUAAAUGUUGUUCGUGUUAAGCCUGUAGGACUGGAUGAAUGGGGUUGUGAAACUGAUUUGGCAAGAGGAUAGUUUAUAAAAACCAAAUGAGUAUUGAGAAGCCACAGAAAUAAUGAAAAUAGUGACAUGAAUAUUAGAAUGAAAAUUUUAAUGAAAUUCCAGUGCUCUCUUUAAUCAUUUGUAAUUAAAGUACAAAAGUAUGAAGAAUUGAUCUUAUCGAGGAUCAUGAGGAAUGCCGAAAGCUGAUAUUUUAGCAGUUCUGAAGUGUUUUUAAUCCAUUCUAAACUACUUACUAACUAAUGUAUUUUCCCCAUCGGAGGCCAUAUUUUCAGAUUCUAGUUAAAAUAACGGAUUCAACUUAUGCCUCAGAUGUGUGUUUGGAAAUGUAGCUCCUUUUCUUUAGAAAAUAUAGCUGGCGUCAUUUGGUACUGCCUAAAACAGAGUUAGACUCUCCUGGCAAUUGAUAAUAGAGUAUUACCCACGGUGCUUGUUAUUGUUUAUGAGCUUCCAUAGAAGUGAGUCCUUUUUAUUCAUAGCAGCACAAUCAUUUCCAAAGACCCCAGUAUUUGCUGCUGUAUUUUGUAAACUCCCCUGAUGUACCUGAACAAGAAGAUUUCCUCACAUCAUUUCCUUGUGUCUGGACAUCAUAGGGUUAACAAAUGUGCUUAUUUCACAGGAAGUGAUUUUAAAAUUUAAACUGAAAACUACCUGGGAUCAUAGUGUUCCUGUGAUUUUAUUUAAUUAUGUUUAGUAAUUGUCCAGUGCCAGAGAAACCAUGACUUGCAAAAUACUUUGCACUCAAAAUGUUUUCACUAUGUUUCUGAUUGUUAAUGGUUUCUGCUUUUUUUUGACUACUUGACAUACAAAAUGAUCUGAUAUGACUACUCCAUUGAAGAGCAAAGGUAACUCGUGUUUAAGUAAUUAACUGCUUGUUUUACAUGGUUACGAUAUUUUUCCACUAGUUUUGAAAAAUAACAAUCAUGGAUAGAUUCAUUGCAAGACAGUGAAAAAUAUAACUUACUACAUAUAUUGAUUUUUAAAUGUUGCCUUAAAUAGGUAUAAAUGAGCAGUAGUAAUCGCUGUGUAUUGAUUUACCUCAAGGUGCAAAAUAAUGAAACCUGUACAUAUUCCAUUUACCAAAUAAAUUUGUAUAAACAGCCCUGCACUUUCUUAGAUGCCUUGGUUUCCAGGAUGGAGCUUAGUGCUACUGAAUACCCCGGCCACAGAGCCGCCUCAGGAUAUUCUUUCCAGCCUGUUUUAUUUAUUGAUAGAUAGAUGUCUGUUUACAAAGACUAUAAUGAAUCUUGAUGUUGACCAUCGGAAAUUUACUUUCUUAUGAAUGCUAUUUCCCUCUAAAAUAGCAGCUUUUGAGAAAACAAUGAACUAACUUCCUUAUGAUAAAAGGAUGAUUCUGUAUAUUCUCUAAUAAUAUUAGAUGUGCUGAAGUAAAGCACACAGUCUUUCUAAUGGGGGUGUGUGUGUUUGUGUGAAUGAUGUUAUCAAUUUUAAAUCUCUUAAGUUGUUUAAAAAAGCUGUAUCAUAUCAAUGUUCAUAUUUGCCAAGUCUUCUGUAAAACGCGUAGGACAAAAUUUUUUAUGUGCUAAUGCAUGUAUUUAUAAAGCAGAUUUCCUUAUCAGUCAAAAUUACUAAUUUUUGUUUUCUCCAUCCAAAAAAAUUUCUGUUUCUUCCACAUACUUAAAGCUUAUGUAUGUAUAUAGUAGCUUUCUAACUUUUUCCUUUCACAGAGACAGGUUCAAAAUUCUGUAAAAAGAAAAAUGAUUUCUGAAACUGAGGUAUGACCCCAGAGCUUGCUGUUUUUAAAGGAUUAUAUCAUAUACAUCAGUUCUGUAAAUGUGCUCAACGGUUUAACGUGUGAAUCCUAUUUUAAAGUGCUCAGAUUUCGGAUGUGUAAGCCAUUGAUAUAACAUUAUAGUUCAGAAAUGUUCAAAUAAUUUAAUGUUUUAAAUUUAUUUAUGUAGAUCACAUCAUUGUUAUUGUAUGCAGUACAAAUAUGUGAACUGUCUUUUGAUUUAGUCCAACAAUUAUUUAUUUUUUACAAAGUAAACUUAAAGACUUUAAGGACAUUAAAAUUUAAAAUAGUGUUCAAAAUUAAAAAUUUGGCAAUUUUAAUGUAAAGCUGGUUCUUUUCUAACCUUUCAAAAAGUAAGAUGUGUCAAUAAUAAGAAAACAUAGUUGGAAAUGGAGUCAUUUAAAGAUGAUUUUAAAAAUUUAAUAAGCACAUACUGACUUCUACUAGUAGACUUAGAGAAAUUGUUAAACCCCAGUUGUUUUUUUAAUCAGAUUUUUGUGCAUUGAUUGAUUUUUGUGUUGUGGCUUUUCUUUUGUUGCUUUAGUAUUAAAAGUUUUUGUUUUUUUGUUUUGUAGGGGAGUUAUCUUCCAUUGUUUACUAUGUUUAAACAAAUAGAAAUUGAAUUUUAUUGUUCAUUUAUAUAAUAUUUGAUAGCCUGGUAUAAUUUCACAGUACAGUUCUAAUUUUUAUGACUUUUAUAAUUACAAUGAUAAUAUUUUCUUUUGUAAUAAAAUCCAAAGUAAAUUAAACAUUUAAAACCUAGAACAGAUAUUUUUCAUUUAUAUGAAGUACAAGUCUCUACCAAGUUGAUAAUGUGAAUGAUCUGCCUUUCAAAUUUGUUUCAUAAUUGUUAGAAGAAAACUAUUUUUUUGGAGAUGUUUUUGAAGUUGAAAGAGCAAUAAAAGUCUACUGAAUUAGUUGUUGGA